CUGCCACCAGGGGAGUGUCGUCCAUUAAAGGUUUUCUCCUUCAGCUUCUCCUUCCUUCCUUCCUAACCUCUGUCACGCUGUCAUUAGGCGCCCGGCUCCCGAGCCCGGACAGAAAAGCCUAACAAAAUGAAGAUCUGGGCGUCAGAGCACAUUUUCGACCAUCCAUGGGAGACGGUGACCAAGGCAGCAAUGCAAAAGUACCCCAACCCCAUGAACCCCGGUGUGUUUGGUGUGGAUGUUCUGGACAGAAGCGUGGACACAGAGGGACGGUUACACAGCACGCGACUGCUCAGCACUGAGUGGGGGCUCCCCUCUAUGGCUAAGUCUAUCAUUGGGGUAACAAGAACGUGCACUUAUGUUCAGGAACAUUCAGUGGUGGACCCCAAAGAGAAGAGCUUUGAGCUCAAAUCUACAAAUAUCUCCUUCACUAACCUGGUAUCUGUGGACGAGAAGUUGACGUACAAGCCACAUCCGCAGGAUCCUGAAAAGACGGUGCUGACACAAGAGGCUCUGAUCAGUGUGAAAGGUAUCAGUCUGAGCAACUACCUCGAAGGUCUCAUGGCCAAGACCAUCUCUGUCAACGCCGGGAAGGGUCGGGAGGCAAUGGAGUGGGUCAUCAGGCGAUUAAACACAGAAAUCGAGGAGUUGGCGGCAACCGCUCGUGGUACUAUACGCGCUCCAAUGGCAGCCGCUGUUGCAGACAAAUGAUCCUGGCCUUCCCCGCUGCUUCCUCCACCGUCAUGAACCGAUGGACCUCUCAGACUUCCUGUCAUCUAAUCUGCCAGCACACCCUACUAACCACACCCCCCAUCCUUUGGCCCUCCGUUUGUAUGUGCGUUUGUCCCUCCUCAGCAGUCUGCGUCAGCGAGUUUGAUGCUCGCCGCUGCAGGUAGUCACAGGAAGUGUUGAGCUGAUGACAGUUUAAAAAACAAACUUGGAUUGCACUUGAAGCUCAUAGGACUCGGUCUUGUGAUGUUAAAGCUCUUUUUAAAAUUUACACUGUGCCUUCACAUCAUCUCAUCAAUUACUUCUUUCUCCCCUUCAUCUUGAACUUUUCAUCUCUUUUUGUUUCCAAAUCCUUGAAAGCAUGUUGAAGUCUAAAUCCUAAAAUGAAGUCACUUUUCCACUAACUUUUUUUUUUCCUGGAUUAGUUGACCUUGAUUUGUACAACAGAACUGACCAAAAUAUUGAUAUAAAAAAAUUUAAAUAAAUAAUCACCAAUGCAAGGCUGCAACAAAGUAUAAAAGUUAACGCUGCUUCAGUUGUCUUGUGAUAUCAAAGCUCGAGCCUUCUAGUCUCCACUGCCCUCAGUCUGUUGGUUUUUGCCCCACCUGGACUUUCUCACAGGUGGAUUUGCGGCGAGCUGCAGUCUGAUCAGUUGGUAGUAAAAAGUGGUGCAGCUCAGAGGAAUCGCAGUUCGGGUGAAGUCGCAAGACAGGAAAGCCAGUUUGUGGGUGUAGUUACACGGUGCUGUAACAAAUUGUAUUUGUCCAAAUCUGGUACAACCGACUUCAAAUUGGAUCUUGUGCUUCCAUCUGGUGGAAGCCUACCAGCAUGGUGGACUGGUCUUCAGAUGUUCUGGUCUUGUUCUGGGUACAAAUUACUUGAUUUCUUAAAGUCUCUCUUGCCUUUGUUAGUAUUUUCUCUUAAAUGAAUGAUGUGCUGUAAAAUUGUGUUAACAAUAUAAGAAUGUGCAAACUUGAAUAUUAACUUAUUUUCAGCAUUUGUACUUAAAUACACUUAAAAGGCAGGAAGUGUUUUGAUGUGUUGUGAACAUUCACCAGUGUUACAGGAGGAGCUCUGCAGGGUUAUGUUCAGAAUCGGUGUGCCAACAUAAAAUGGGAAGAUUACUACAGAUCUAAUACCCCAAAACGCUUUCGUGAUCAUGAACAAACCCACUCUGUAUGCUCUGUCCAUUUAUUUUCGUACUGUCUAUAAAUGGUGUUAUUUAUAGUAUAUCCCUUGUGUUGUCCUUCGGGUCACCGGGACCCGUCCAGUUCAACUGUCAUUCACCCCGAAUCUCAAUGCCAGGCUAAUACAAAAUGUCAAAUAAAGGUCCCGGUUACCCGAAGGACAACACAAGGGUUAUUAGUGAACAUUGACAAAGGCUCGUAAAUUGAUUUUAAAAUCUGUUAGCUUGUAGUAUUUUUAUGCUACAUUCCAUUAUCCCGCAUUGGACUCUCUGCUACACAGUUGACUUGGGUUCAGUUUCCCAGUUUGUUUCCUUCAUAAAGACCACAUUGAGAUGAAAGCAACCUAAUAACUUUGUAACUCUUUGUUCUUCCCUUCUCUCUCUUCUCUUCUCUUAACAUUUGAAUAAGGACAGUGUCUGCAAACUAAAGUUUACAUCACUAAAUUAGCUUUCAUUGUGGUACAAUGAAAGCUAAUUUACAGUGUCUGUUAAUGGAGCUCAGCAGCACGCGUCCUCCAAGAUGCUCAGCAGUUGGUAUCCUGCUCGACUGGGAUUGUCUCAAUUAGUUAAAUAGAUAUCAUAGUCGCACCUGCUUCAUUUUUAAAAAGCUUUCUCAUAAUUUAACUUAUGUUCAGCUCAAAAUCACUGCUGCCUAACUGACCCAUCUGCCAGUCCUUAUCCUCAGUGUCUCGUUGUAUAACUGAAAAGUGAUGUUUUUCUACGGGGAACAUUUUAGGAACAGAGGCUGUAAAUAGGCUUAUAUUUAUAUUUUGGUGAUGUUAACAUUCCAAGAAUGUGAACAUGUAACAGAAUCUAAAGAAUGAAAAGUUUCAAAAUAAAGAGAUGUCAUUGUUUCAUGAA